AUGAAUACAUUGAAAAGCGAGGCCCAAUGGAGCGACCUACCACAGGAGAUCAGAGGCAAGAUUCUCGAAUACGUCCCUGGAAGGUUUGCAGGCAUUUGCAGGGACUGGCAAAACGCCAUCGAGCCAAGAAACUUUCGGGUCCUCCAAGUCGGUUCGGAUGAUCAGUCGCUGGGAAACCUGGCCAAGACAUUACACAAUAAUAUCAACUUGGAGAUCAGUGCCUCUUCGCCAAACGAUGUCGGCAAUUCGUGCGGAAUAGAAGGGCUCUUGGACUACUGGCAGCAACAGCAGCGAUACGUGUUUGCCCCUAUUAGCCUUGGAGAUUUCAGUCUUCCCUACGUCAACUGCGUCACCGGGUUGAGCAUUGAUGCUUGCUCCCGCAAGAAGCCCGAGCUCAUCAACACUCUUCUUUCCCAAGAUGGCAGGGUCGCGAAGAAGAUGCCGGCACUCCGUGUAAUGGAACUAUACGGUGCAUGGCGAGAAUCAGCUGGGGUUUUCCGAUACCUUGUCACUGGAAAUUCUGCAGACAUUACUUGGGUCAGCACGUUGGAGUUCAAGCUAGGAGACGAACCCAAGUAUAUUUGGUGGGACGUCGCGCAGCUCAGAGAGGACCGGCUGGUGCUCCAGUUCGCACCCGAAAGGCACCUGCGUAUUUAUGACGGCCCAUCUCACUUUGUACACCGGUGGUUGGUGACUCGGGGCCUGGCUCUUCAUUCCUCUUCAUCCGCAGCACUUGGACACCAUGACCUCCCGGAUCCUCUUCGUCGUAUUUCGGGAUUUCGAGACGUUUCCUGA